AUCGUGGAUGAAUGGCGCGCGCUGCUGUGGAGCUCCAUCCGGAAGCAGCAGAGUUUGUUUCAAUAAAGCAAACAUCCACCCUCGAUAUCUCACUUUAAGCGUCAUCAGGAGGAAGAGAGCAGGCAUCAUGGCACACGGCUCUCCUGACGGCUGUUUGGAGUCAGAGCUGUCCUGUCCCAUCUGUCUCCAUCUCUUCCUCGACCCGGUCACUCUUCCCUGCGCGCACAGUUUCUGUCUGGUGUGUCUGGAGACACCAGAGAGGGACAAAUCAUCUGGACAUGAUCAAGUCCUCUGCUGCCCAGUUUGUGGACAGGAACAUCUCAGCCCAGAGUCCCUUCCGAGAAACAUCAAGCUGAAACAGAUAGUUGAGACCUACAGAGCCAACAACAUCAGCUGUGAACUUCAGCCACGUGCAGAAGACGAGAUAAUUAAUGACCAGACAUCUCCAGAAGACGCUGAUGUGUGCAAAUCAACAGAUUCUGGGAAGAGCUCUCUGCUGGAGACGGAGACCAGUGAAUCUAGUCUGAAUCCUGUCAUCUCUAGUCUUCAAGAAAAGCUGGUUGUAGUAGAUGAUCUGGUGAAUAAGGAGAAGGCCAUAGAGGCUGCGGUUAAAGCGACACACGCAGAUCUGAGGAAAGAUGUGAGCGGCGUAUUGGAGGAGAUGGCAGAGCUGAUGAAGACCUACAGCACGACUGCUCUGAAGCUUCUGGAGGCCGAGUUGAGACCCAGAGAAGAUGCUGUUGGGAAAAGAGUGCGGAUGCUGACCGACCUCCAGAAGCAACUGAGAGCCGCUGAACUUCAGGUCAACACGUUAAAAGACGAGACGGAUGAUGCAUGUUGUAUUGAGGUUUCCAGCGUGACUCUGGAGCAUCUGCAGGACUCCUCCAGCGGUCAGGAGUUAUCCAGCAGUUUGAAGGAAGUCUGUGAGAAGAUCGAGAAACAAAAUACCCAACUCCGUCUCGGACUGGGAUCCUCUCAGCGGGCGCUGCGCGUCGUUCUCAACCCAUCCGAGGUCACCUUCGACCCUGAUACCAUCCAUCCCAACCUGCUCUUAUCCGAAGACCUCAAAACGGUGUCUUUCAGCGCAGCCAAACAGCCGUAUCCGGCCAGAUCUCAGAGGUUUUCCAGUUUCUUCCAGGCUUUGAGCUCCCAGAGCUUCGUCCGAGGAGAACAUCUCUGGGACUUCCGGGCUGAAGGUUGUGCUUGGGUUGUGGCCGUGUGUUACGGAGAUCUGCCCAGAUCUGGUUCUGGCAGCGGUCUGGAGAGCAGCGCUGGAUCCUGGUGCCUCAUGUACUGUGAGAACCUUCUGAGAGCGUACGAGAGAGGAAAGGACACGCCGCUUAGACGCACACCGUCUCUGAAGAGGAUGGAGAUACGCCUCAGCUUCAGCACCGGCUCUUUAGUGUUUUACAGCGUCAGUGAUGUGAGUGGAGAUAAAACUCACCUGCACACCUUUAAAGUAAACUUCACACAGCCGGUGUAUCUGGCUGUGAGGAUGAUGUCUGGUCAACCCAAAGCACACAUCACUGUUCACUAGUGACUGAAGAAACCUGCUUGAUUCACCUUAUACAACAAAUGCUAAAAUAACUUCUCAGACCUUAUUCAUCUGUUCUUAUCCUGUUGUCAUAAUGUUAUGAUGCAAUAUGUCAUUAAUGUUCACUUACGCAUUGAAUGCAUCAUCCUACAUUAGAUUGUCACAUGCAUACGGUUUGCAGUGCUUAAUUUGAUCAUAUACAGUAUCCCUCAGUUCAAGUGUUGAAUGUUCAAUGCAUGUGAUGUUGCACUUAACUUCAAUAAUACAAGACCACAUUGCAUUUAAAACAUUUCUAAUUCUGUUUAUGUGCUGUGAUUUUCUUUUAACGUGUAUUAAAACUUGUUUUUUUCUAAUUUAAAUAAACAGUAGAAUCUA